ACGUGUCUAAAUUAGCAUGUAGCAUGGUCAGCUAACCGGUGUUAGAAAAAAAUGCUUAAAUAAUUUGAAUGAGAGAGUUUUUAUAAGAACAGUUUAUUUCAAUUUAUAAAGCAUAUUCUCGGUGUCUGUUUACAAAGAUCCAAGAAUGCAGGUCCAGUUCUUGUACAGCCCCCAGGACUUUGUCAAGGAUGUUUUUCGGGGGAGUGAAAACUGUCCAUCACCUUCUAAGUUUGAUGCCCUUAUAAGAGAAGGAUGGACAGACAGGAUGGAAAGGGGACUCUUCCGCUACCAUCUUGGUGAUUUAGAAACCCGGAUCCUUCCAGGUCCAAAUGGUUACGUUGCUCAGCUUAAUAUUCAACGUGGAAUUGAAAGAAGGAAGCCCCAAGAGAUACUAAGCAUUCAGCAAGAGUUUAAUCCCAGCCAUUUUAACUUUAACAAAAUUAAAGCAGAUGAGAUUAUUUGUGAAAUGAUGAAGGAUGCUGGCAGAGGAAUACAUGUACCUGAUGGGCAGCUUCCUCAACCCUGCAAGAUUGUUGUGUUGAUCAAUGUUAGCCCUCUGGAGUUUGGGCAUUGUCUUUUUGUUCCAGAUCCAUCUUUCUGUCUACCACAGAUCCUGACGAGAGCAGCUGUCCAGGCUGGUAUCGACUCUGUGCUCCUCAGCUCCAGCCCGGGUUUCCGUGUUGGCUUCAACAGCCUGGGAGCAUUUGCAUCCGUCAAUCACUUGCACCUUCACGGAUAUUACCUGGACCACGAGCUUAAGAUUGAAUCCGUCCUCCUGAAGCCUUUGAUACCUGAGAAGAAUUUUUUCCGGAUCCAAGGUUUUCCUGUUGGAUUUUUGUUUUUUACAGAAGCAGGAGAUGUGGAUAGUGUAGCCAGAGCUAUCUGUGAGGUGACAGACUUUCUGGUGGCUGAAAACUUCCCUCACAAUCUGUUCAUCACCAGGGGAUGCCCACCCAGUGGGGAAAUGCAGAGCGCCGAAGAGCGCUGUUUAAGAAGAGGUGUCCGUAUAGCCAUUUGGCCCAGAAUAGCCUGCUUUGGUGUCAAGGAGGAAUCUGCCUUUAAUGUUGCACUCUGCGAGUUAGCAGGACAUUUACCCUUUAAAAACAAAAAGGACUUUGAAUGUACAACUGAGAGAGAGGUUAUCAGUAUAGUUCAGAAGUAUCUUCUGCCUGAUGAUGAGUUUCAAAGGCUGGAAAAACGGCUUGUCAAGCAUUUAUUGACUCUGUAAUGACCAGAAGUUAAAUGGAACAUCUCCAACUCAAAGGCUAUUAAAAUCAUACUAUAUAGUUAUUUAAUCUAAAUUAAAGACUUUCUGUGUCCAUAGUGCCAUUGUAUAAUUUUGCAGUUUUAAUCUUUCAUGUGGUUGUAUGGUUCAAAACAAAUUAUUGAAUGUUUUGUUUUUCAGUUACUGAUUGAAACCCACUAAUAAAG